AUGGCCGACGACAAGCCGUCAGUAUUGAUCAUUGGAGGCUUGGGCUAUAUUGGCCGAUUCUUGGCUCUCCAUAUUCACCAGAAUGAGUUGGCUUCCGAGGUGCGCCUAGUGGACAAGGUACUUCCUCAACUUGCCUGGCUCGCUCCAGAGUUCUCUGCAGCCUGCUCUCCAGACAAAUUUAUGCAGGCCGAUGCGAGUAGAGAGGAAAGCUUAGCAAGAAUAUUUGACCGAUCCAACGGCAAACAGUGGGACUAUGUUUUCAACUGUGGGGGGGAAACAAGGUACUCGCAAGAGGAUGAAGUCUACAAACUAAGGUCCCUCAACCUCUCCUUGGCUGUUGGCAAAGAGGCCGCCAAGCGAAAGGUCAAGGCAUUCGUCGAACUGAGUACCGGCAUGGUGUACAAAUCGGAUUCAUCACCCAGCAAGGAGACUGACAAGUUAAAACCAUGGAGCAAAAUCGCAAUAUUCAAGCUCCAAGCCGAAGAGGAACUUGCCAAGAUUGCUGGGUUACCCUUGGUCAUUGUUCGCCUACCGAAUGUAUACGGCCCAUUUGCUUCCCAGUUGGUCGCCACGGCCUUGUGCAUGGCUCGGGUUUAUCAGCAUCUUGAAGAAGAGAUGAGGUGGUUAUGGUCCAAAGACCUUCGUACCGACACAGUGCACAUUGGCGAUGCUUCUCGGGCGCUAUGGGAGAUUGCAACAUGGUACAAUGCGGGUCAAGCUGGUUGGGACCCUUCGGAGAUGGGCCAGGUGCCCAUUUUCAAUGUGGUCGAUAAGGGUGAGACGAACCAAGGCAAGAUGGCUGACAUAAUUGGAGACAUAUUCAAGAUCCAGACGUCCUUCCACGGACAGUUGAUCAGCACCUUUGCCCUGUUGAACCUAGACAGCGCGGUAGACGACGUCAAUGACGAGAUACUAGGCCCGUGGGCCGAGCUUCUUGUCAAUGCUGGCAUCACGCGGCCCGGACCUCUUACUCCAUUCGUGGAGAGGGAGCUUCUCAAAGACACGGACCUCAGCAUGGAUGGCAGUCGCCUGGAGAAGCUGCUGAAUUUCAAGUAUGAGAAGCCGAUCAUGACGAAGGAGCUAAUAGAAGAAGUCAUCGAAAGCUACAGGAAAAUGAACUGGUGGCCCUGA